AGUGUACCGCACCACUGCGACGACCGCGUUCUCCGUUGCAACCUCCGCUUACUUGUGCUCGUCGUCUCUGCCUCCAACCAGCCUAUAAGACCACUGGAUACCCCCAUAUAGAGCACACUGCUCAAUACAAUGUUCGGGCUAUUCGGCUCAAAUAGCGAGAAGAUCACGCUCCCGGACCACAACUGCGUCCUCCCGCACGCGCUGCAGCUCCCCUCUCUCAAGAAGCUAGUCGGGAAACGAGUGAUUCUUGCGUCGGCCAGCCCGCGGAGAAAAGAUAUACUGCAGACCUUUGGCCUCUCACCGGAGAUCAUACCCUCUACGUUCGAGGAGACGUUGCCUGCUAGUUCAUUCGAGGACAUCCAUGAGUACCCGGUGGCGACUGCGACGCAUAAAGCAGUAGAGGUCUACGAGAAGCUGGUGCGAGAGAACCCAGACGAUGCGCCGGACUUGGUCAUAGGCGCCGACACGGUCGUCCUCACGCACCCUUCUCCGGGGCUAUCAAGCAUGCCUUCGGACGUUCCCCUCGGAUCGCAAGACCUCCUCGAGAAGCCGAUAGACAAAUCAGACAAUUAUAGAAUGCUUCUUGACCUUAACGGCGGAAUCUGCGAGGUCGUAACUGGAGUCUCAGUCGUCUACCCCGUGCUCGAGGCGCCAGGUUACAAGAUCAAGUCAAUAGACGAGCGCACGUUGGUCCACUUCGCGGAGAACCCGAAGGAGCUGCUUGAGGCAUACGUCGAGAGUGGGGAGGGGCUCGAUCGUGCGGGUGGCUUCGCCGUGCAGGUGGACGGCGACUACCAAAACGUCGUCGGCUUCCCCGCAGCGUCGUUCGUCAAAUUCCUCGAGCUGCUGAUCGAAGAGGAGGAGGACUUCCUGGAGAUUUAGCUCCUUAUGGACGUGCGUUUGCGCACCGGACAUUCCACGCUUGCGGUGCUCGGCCGACCUCGCAUUUGCAAACGGGAACCAGGGCUUUCCGCGGUGCAUCCCACUUGAUGGACGGCGCACCCCAAGGAUAUUCUUCGGGCUCGCUUGUACUGUAUGUGCUUCGACAUGAUGCAAUUGUUGAAUUGCGCUGGCAAGAGCGACCACUCUGGACAAUUUGUCCCACCCAUCGUUCGCAGAAGCACUGAUGCGGCACAGACCCAAGUACCUGC